AAGCCUGGGCUGGGGAAGCGAAAGCGAAAGCUGCCCGAGCGCAGACGCCCGCCCCGGCUGAGCGCAGCUGGGGGACCAGAGCGGCCGGCGAAGCUGGGAGAGACGGAGCGGACCUCCGCGCUAGAGCAGAAGCCCCGGAGCCGCAGUCUCCCCGCCGCGGCUGGGCCAUGCCGCUCCCUGACCUGAGACCCUGGACCUCUCUGCUGCUGGUGGACGCGGCUUUACUGUGGCUGCUGCAGGGCCCUCUGGGGACUUUGCUUCCUCAAGGGCUGCCAGGACUAUGGCUGGAGGGGACCGUGCGGCUGGGAGGGCUGUGGGGAUUGCUAAAGCUAACAGGGCUACUGGGAUUUGUGGGGACCCUGCUGCCCCCACUCUGCCUGGCCACUCCCCUGACUGUCUCCCUGAGAACCCUGGUCGCGGGGGCCUCACGUGCUCCCCCAGCCAGAGUCGCUGAAGCGACUUGGAGCUGGCUGCUGGUGGGGUAUGGGGCCGCGGGGCUCAGCUGGUCACUGUGGGCUGUGCUGAGCCCUCCUGGAGCCCAGGAGGAGGCGGCCCAGGCCAACAACAAAGUCUUGAUGUGGAGGCUGCUGAAGCUCUCCAGGCCGGACCUGCCUUUCCUCAUUGCCGCGAUCUUCUUCCUUGCCCUUGCCGUCUUGGGUGAGACAUUCAUCCCUCACUAUACGGGUCGUGUGAUUGACAUCCUUGGAGGUGAUUUUGACCCCCAUGCCUUUGCCAGUGCCAUCUUCUUCAUGUGCGUCUUCUCCUUUGGCAGCUCACUGUCUGCAGGCUGCAGAGGAGGCUUCUUCACCUACGCCAUGUCUAGAAUCAACUUGCGGAUCCGGGAGCAGCUUUUCUCCUCCCUACUGCGCCAGGACCUUGAUUUCUUUCAGGAGACUAAGACAGGGGAGUUGAACUCACGGCUGAGCUCGGAUACCACCCUGAUGAGUAACUGGCUUCCUUUAAAUGCCAAUGUGCUCUUGCGAAGCUUGGUGAAAGUGGUGGGGCUGUAUGGCUUCAUGCUCAGCAUAUCGCCUCGACUCACCUUCCUUUCUCUGCUGGACAUGCCCUUCACAAUGGCAGCUGAAAAGGUGUACAACGCCCGCCAUCAGGCAGUGCUUCGGGAGAUCCAGGAUGCAGCGGCCAGGGCGGGGCAGAUGGUGCGGGAGGCUGUUGGAGGGCUGCAGACUGUUCGCAGUUUUGGGGCCGAGGAGCACGAGGUCUGUCGCUAUAAAGAGGCCCUUGAACAAAGCCGGCAGCUGUGCUGGCGGAGAGACCAGGAACAGGCCUUGUACCUGCUCUUAAGGAGGGUGCUGCAGUUGGGGAUGCAGGUGCUGAUGCUGAGCUGUGGGCUGCAGCAGAUGCUGGCUGGGGAGCUCACCCCGGGCAGCCUGCUUUCCUUUAUGAUGUACCAGGGGAGCGUGCAGAGCUAUGUGCAGACCCUGGUAUACAUUUAUGGGGAUAUGCUCAGCAACGUGGGUGCUGCGGAGAAGGUUUUCUCCUACCUGGACCGACAGCCAAAUCUGCCUUCACCUGGCACACUGGCCCCCACCGCUCUGCAGGGGGUUGUGAAGUUCCAAGAUGUCUCCUUUGCAUAUCCCAAUCGCCCGGACAGGCCUGUGCUCAAGGGGCUGACGUUCACCCUACGUCCUGGCGAGGUGACAGCGCUGGUGGGACCCAAUGGGUCUGGGAAGAGCACAGUGGCUGCCCUACUGCAGAAUCUGUACCAGCCCACAGGGGGACAGGUGCUGCUGGAUGGAAAGCCCAUCUCGCAAUAUGAACACCACUACCUGCACAACCAGGUGGUUUCAGUUGGGCAGGAGCCUGUGCUGUUCUCGGGUUCCGUGAAGAGCAACAUUACUUACGGGCUGCAGAGCUGCGAAGAUGAUAAGGUGAUGGCGGCUGCCCAGGCUGCCCACGCGGAUGACUUCAUACAGGAAAUGAAGCAUGGAAUAUACACAGAUGUAGGAGAGAAGGGGAACCAGCUGGCUGUGGGACAGAAACAACGUCUGGCCAUUGCCCGGGCCCUCGUGCGAGACCCACGGGUCCUCAUCCUGGAUGAGGCCACCAGUGCCCUGGAUGUGCAGUGCGAGCAGGCGCUGCAGGACUGGAAUUCCCGUGGGGACCGCACGGUGCUGGUGAUCGCUCACAGGCUGCAGACAGUUCAGAGCGCCCACCAGAUCCUGGUGCUCCAGCAGGGCGAGCUGCAGGAGCUUGCGCAGCUCCAGGAGGGAGAGGACGUCUAUUCCCGCCUGGUACAGCAGCGGCUGAUGGACUGAGGCCCCGGGGAUACUGGGCCCUUCUCAGGGGCGUCUCCAGGACCCAGAGCUCUUCCUGCUUUGAGUUUCCCUAGAGCUGUGCGGCCAGAUAGUUGUUUCUGAGCUGCAGGCACGAUGGAGAUUCGGACCCUAAGUGUUUUUGAUGGGGUGGGGUGGGGACUGUCUGUGUCCAGGAAACUUAAUUUCCUGGUGACUAGAGCUUUGCCUAAUGAUGAAUAGUAUUUUGUGGAACAAUAAAUCUAUUUUAAAAUAUUUUCCUUCUU